ACCAUUUUAAAAAAUUACAACCUGGGGAGUUGUGUCCCUUCAAUAGCAAUGGCUGGGAGACAAUGAAGAAUCAGCACAAUUGUCCAGAUCCAGAGUUUUAUCACUGCAUUCCUAACCAGUACAACGAGCCGGGGGAGAUCUGUGUCAAACCAGACUGGGCGUCAAAUAAUCACUGUCCAAUUUUCAAUACUGUUGCCGUUAAGAUUGACCUCAUUCCCUGUGACCUUCAGUAUGGAGCAUGCUCAGACACAGAUUACAGAUCUAAUAAAGUCUAUCUAUAUCCUGGGUGUCUAAACAAAACUCUUAUAAUUGGAAAAACCAGCACAGAUAGGACUGACAGUGAAUCUACAGUACGGUCUCCAGUCAAACUGCACAUUAUAAUUCCAGCUGUUGCCAUACCUCUUUUACUGUUUAUUAUUAUUGGAGUUGCUUUUUAUUGCUGGAGAACAAAAGGGGCAAAGCAUGAUCCAAAUGACAUUGAAUUGCAGCCCCUUCUUCAUCAUAAUACAGUUCCUUGGAGAUUUAAAAAGACUAUAAAUUACUUGGAGAACAAAGUAUUCUGCCGGCCUGAAUCCUAUGAAGAUGCUGUUGGUUUUUUGUCUACAAAUUGCCACAUCACUCUGAUUGGUCCACCAGGAUCGGGUAAAACUUUUAUGGCUGUCCAACUUGCAAGACAACUAUGUGGGAAGAAAGAACUGUCCCAGUUGAAGUUUUGUGAAACACUGCAAGAGUUGACAGCAUUACCUGAAUCGGGAAACACAUACCUAUAUAUCAUUAUGGAUGAUUGGAUAGAUCGUUACAUGUACUACCCUCCAAAAUUCAAAGAAGAUACAAAAUUAUUUGAUCAUAUUUUUGAAGAUUGCUUAAAAAACAAAAGAAUGCGAAUAAUUUUUACAGUCCAAGAAGAUAGAUGGAAUGCAUACGGGGAUCUUUUGUCAGAUCAAAAGUUGUUUUGCCAAGACAGUUUGUUCUUCAUAAAUAACAAAUCAUUUAGUAAAGAAGUGCUGCAACAUAUGAUUAAAAACCACUUACAGUAUCAUGAGACUAAAGAAGUGUCCAUGAAUACAAGAACGGAAUCUGAAGAAGAAAAUUUGGCAAUGGAGAAAAGGAAUAAAAGCAACGAAAUCAAACAAGCAUUUGCGAAAGAUCUGAAAAGUGAUCAAGACUUUUCUUUACCGGUAAUGAUUGAUUUAAUCUGUGCAAAUAGAUUUUUAGUGCCGGGAAAAACAAUUUUUUUCAAGGAUGAAUUUUCAAAGAUUUUGCAAACUUUUAUACAGAACUGGUUGACUUGCAUAUCAAAUGAUGAUAAGAAUAGCUUUUGUAUUCUCAUGUUUGCAGCUCUUCAUGGAGGAAAAGUUAAGCUAGGUGAUUUUACAAGCAAAGUGUUUCAUCCCAUUUAUGAAAAUGUUUGUAAAGAGUAUGGAUCUGAAUGUCUAAGGGACAUUGAGAGAAUUGAAGUAUUGUUAAGGCAGAAUGAACGUUUAAAGGGUUGUUUGUACCAAGAAAAUGAUUUAUUUGUUUUCCGUCAUGAUUCACUAUUAUGUUUCGUGCUGAAGUUUCUCACAGAAACCAAAGAUGCCAGUUUCUUAAUUAGAAAUGCUGAUAUUGAAAUUCUUCUUAAAAGAUGUUGGAUAAAAGAAUCGAUAGUAAAAAUCUUUGAAGAUUCAGCAAAAAGUUUGAUGCCAAACGACCCAGUUGGGACAGUCAUCAUACCUAUUAAUUCAAUAAAAGACUUAGCAAAGAGAAUUUACACAGAUAUGAUGGAAGGAUAUUCUAUUCCUGAUUGGUCUCAACAUGUUUUUACGGAACAUAAAACAUUUUCUACAAUGGGGAGAGAGGUACUUAAAAAAUCAGAUGAAGCCAGACCUGACCUUUUAAAGAAAAUCCUACCAGUUGGUGAUGAAAGUCAAAUGAAAUUAUCUGACGAAAGUAGAAUCUCGAACGUAACGGAGGAAAGUACUCAGAACAUAGAGAAAGAUGCACAGUCAAAGGCAGCUAGAAAAGAUCAUAGUCUGAUUCGAUCUGAGAAGGAAUGUAAACAAGGCAAGCACAAGGAAAAGAAAAUUAAAGAAAAAUAGCGGGGAAAAAGGAGUCGAAUUCUCAAAAACGAGAUUCUAAAGAAGGAGAAAAACAAAGCAAUGUAGAAGAAUCACCCCAGAUUAGCCUUUCUCCAGAUUCGAUUGAGGUAAAUUUACCUGGAAAUGAUUUUAAUCCAAAUGAGCAUGCAGAAAACAGUAACCAGCUUGAAAGGAAGAGAAAGAAAAAUAAAGAUAAACUUUCCCAUGAUAAAAAACAGACCAAUUCAAAAAAAGUGGGUUUGGACAAAAAUAAUGAACAAACACCACAACAGAGCCAAAUUUCUGUAGAUUCGACUCCGGGAGAUACUAGUACACCUGUGUGAAAAUAUGCAGACACCAUGAAAAAGUAUUGAUGAGCGAUGGGUUUUGUUGUACAUGUACCAAUUACACAAUCGAUAUGCAUUUCUGUGAAGUCGAUAUAUGUAUAUACUAUCUGUUUCUUUUUUUAUUCCGUAAUAACGCAGAUUACAAAUAAAAACAGUAACAAUUAGAUAUACUAGAUAAAAUAUGUGUGAAAUAUUUUUUAUGAUGUUAAGAACUCUUUUUUACACUGCACCUAAAGAGCUCUGAUUCUAUGGCAUUUUCUGCAAUGAGAGUGA